AUGGCCAAUGACAAGCACAUCGUCUUCAUCACCGGUGCCAACACUGGCAUUGGCUACGAGGCCGUCAAAGCAUUCUUGCGCUCCUCCACGCCGUUUCACAUCUUCGUCGGCGCUCGUACCGUAGAAAAGGGUCAAAGGGCAAUUGAUAUCGCCACUCAAGAGGUCCCAGGAUCGAGCAACGUUCUUGAGCCCGUCGCCAUCGAGCUGGCGAGCGAUGAGUCCAUUGCCCAGGCUUUUGAGACUAUCAGUGCCAAGGUGGACAGAAUCGACACGCUCGUCAACAAUGCGGGUGCCGCUUUCGACACCCAGAGUUUCGCAAACGACAUUUCCAACAGCCGCGAAAUCUUCAACAAGGCAUACGACGUCAACGUCACCGGAACUCACAUCGUAACCGCCACCUUUGUCCCGCUCCUCAUCAAGUCGUCCUCCCCCCGUCUCAUCUUCAUCACGUCCGGCCUGUCAACCCUCACGGCGCACUCGAGGAGCUUCUACCCGCCGUGGGCUCCGAAGCCGGAAGCCGGAUGGCCCAAGCCCGGCGUCAUCGCCAACCUGGGCUACAAGAGCAGCAAGACUGCGCUCAACAUGGUGAUGCUCAACUGGCACUGGCUGCUGCUCAACGAUGGCGUCAAGACUUUUGCCAUUAGCCCGGGCUUCUUGGCGACGAACUUGGGGGGUGUCCCCGAGGUUCUCAAGUCGCUGGGUGCGGGUGAUCCGGCGAUUGGAGGGGAGUUUAUCAGGAAAGUGACUGAGGGGGAGCGAGAUGCUGAUGCUGGCAAGGUUUUGAGCAAGGAUGGCACUCAGGAGUGGUAG